AUGGAUCUCAUAAAUGAAUGCCUGGUUUAUGAGCUUCUGGGGCCUAAUAUUCCGGACACGAUUGAUGCACACUUUCCUGAUGGGAGACUCCCUGGGAAGCUUGCCAAAGUCAUUGCGGAGCAAAGUCUUAUCAGGUUUGAUAGCUUGCACCAACAGAAUAUUGGACAUGGAGAAAUUGGCUAUGUCCGAAGGAGCGAUGGGAAAGACCUGGAGCCUGGCAUACCCAAAUAUAUCAUUAGGCCUACCUCAUACUGGACACAUUCUUGGAAUUCGGCCCAGUCAAUCAAAAUAAUCAACUUCAGGGAAUCGUUUUUACCCACUGCAGUUCCUCAAACACUAUACACACCUCUACCUGUUCAGGCACCUGAAGUUAUAUUUCAAGAUCGCAUUAAUCGUUUUGACUUGUGGAGCAUGGGAUGCAUGCUCUUUGAACUUUCCACAGGCCAGCCACCUUUUGACACCUUCUUGAUAACACCCACAAUUCUUGUUGGCCAAAUGCGAGAGGUGGCAAGUGAUGACCUACCUGAAGGAUGGCAAAGACUAUGGGAUACAAUGAACGCAGGGGCGGCAAAACCACAGAAACACUGGGCCCAACUUGCAGGAAUGACUGGAAGAAGUGUACUUCAAAAGCCUGGAGAGCCCCGAUCUCACAAGAGAGGACAUAGUGAGGCUGGGGCAAAUCAUUGGAAAGUUAUUGCAGUUUGA